ACGUCCCCCGUUGCUGCAGCAACGCUCCGCCCCCAGCGCGGUGCGGAGUAGGAAGUGGCCGGUAACCUUCACUCGGGGCCGGGAGUAACGGAGGAGAAGAUCGGGAGGUGCAAGGAAGGAGGCCAUGGUGCUGAUCAAGGAGUUCCGAGUUGUGUUGCCAGUAUCGGUGGAGGAGUAUCAGGUGGGCCAGCUGUACUCCGUAGCAGAAGCCAGCAAAAAUGAAACAGGAGGAGGGGAAGGUGUUGAAGUACUUGUAAAUGAGCCUUACGAGAAGGAUGGGGAGAAAGGACAAUAUACACACAAGAUCUACCAUCUACAGAGCAAAGUCCCGACGUUUGUACGGAUGUUGGCGCCUGAAGGAGCACUAAAUAUGCAUGAAAAGGCCUGGAAUGCUUACCCUUACUGCAGGACCGUAAUUACAAAUGAAUACAUGAAGGAAGAUUUUUUGAUUAAGAUUGAGACGUGGCACAAGCCAGAUCUUGGCAUGCAAGACAAUGUUCAUAAGUUAGAGCCAGAUGUUUGGAAAAAUGUGGAAGUAGUACAAAUCGCUAUUGCAGAUCGAAACCAGGUUCUCCUCCAAGGUUGGUAAUAUUUUGAUUAUAAACCAGAAGAGGAUCCAGCAAAAUUUAAGUCUAUCAAAACUGGUCGAGGACCACUAGCUCCUGAUUGGAAGAAAACAAUGGGACAGAGGAUGGACAUUCCUCAUAUGUGUUGUUACAAGCUGGUGACUAUCAAAUUUAAAUGGUGGGGUCUGCAGAACAAAGUGGAGAGCUUCAUACAGAAGCAAGAGAGGCGGCUGUUUACAAACUUCCAUCGACAGCUUUUCUGCUGGCUGGAUAAGUGGGUGGAACUAACAAUGGAGGACAUUCGCAGAAUGGAGGAGGAAACAAAGAAAGAACUUGAUGAGAUGAGAGAGAAGGACCCAGUGAAAGGAAUGGUGGCAGCGGAUGAUUAACACCAAUGAAUUGAGUUCAUUUUGGACUUAAAAGAUAAACGGGAGGCCUCAGUGCUUCGGUCCUGAUGGAUAGCUCACUUCUGGAUCAAGCUCCACUACCUGUUUUUUUCAGACAAUUUGAACCCCCUUGUAGCUUACUCUAGGCACCCCUUAAUAUUGUGAGCUAGUAGUCCUAUAACAAGCAAAUGCUAAGAUUCUCACACCUGUGUGAUGAAGGAGAUCAUUCCUCAGGUGCAUUGUGUAUAUAUUGUAUUAACAAGAGCCCCCCUGUCCUUCUAUUUUGAUUGUUCCAGAGUUUUCCAUUGAGCUCCCAAUAAAUUUAAAUGUCACUUUUAGGAAAGGAAGUGUCUUGUGAAAAAUUGUGAAAUACAUAAUUAUGUUUUACUUUAUUGAAACAUGAAUUGCUUUCAGUGGUCUUUAUUUUGUUAAAGUAAAGGGGUACAAUAACAAAAAGACAACAAUCCUAUUGUACAUGCAUCACUUUAUUUAAGCAGGAUAGCUCUGUAUGAAGUCAAAGGGCUCCAUAGCACAAUUGUUUUAUUUUGUCUUUGAAAAUGAUUGUCUUGACCUUGAAACUUCCAAGACUAUUGCAAAUAUGAUUAUUUAAUAAUGUUAUUUUGUGAUUGACAAUCUGAGGCUCUCCAACUGUUUAACUAAACUACCCAUCAUGAUCUACAGUUACUCCACGUGGCUCAUUUAUUAAGGCAAAGUGCAGAUGAAUUAAUAUAAAGAAUUUUAGAGAAAGUCUGUUCAACAUUGGUUAAGACAGCAAUUUCAUUAAUAAUUUAUAAUUAAUAAUACUCUUCAGUUAACCCAAAAAACUAAAAGUUUUGAAUGUUUAGCAGCAAAUGUAUUAUUAGGCACGCUGGCUAUUCGGCUCUUGGAAUUCAGCCUGCCCUAGCACAGAGCAGUCACCAAUAGUAAGCAUUCAUCUCUCAUCUGACUAAUCUAUACUGAGUAAUGUGAAACCUGAUUGCUAUUGGUUUCCCUAUGUUAGUGGGCACUGCUGCUGUUUGUAGUUCCAUUGUAAAUUGUCCAUAAUUAGCGUCCUGGGCUGCUAGUACAUUGACAAAAACUCAGUGGAAAGAAUGAAAAAGCUGCAGAAAAAUGGAUAAGUAUAAUUUUUCAUAGUGCAGCCAGUCCUUCCUUAGAAAAUGAAAGCUAGCACAAUCGAUCGGGGUUCGUAUCACCUUUUUUAUAUUAUCUUUCGUACAAUUUAUUCAUUUUUAAAGUUUACUAGAUUUUUUUUAAGAACUACAGAUAUUUAAGAUGGAAAUUUAAUAAAACACAGAAGAAUAUGAUUAAAAUUUUAAUUUAAAAACUCUUGAACAUGCUGGGGAUUUAGAUCAGCACUGCAGAGUCGCAGGUUGUUGACAGUUGUGGUUCAUCGAGUAUGUUAUUAAAUGUUAAAGGAGGAUGAGGUUUCUCAGAAGUUGUGCAAUAAUUCACAUUCCUGUUCCACUUCCAUUCAUGAUUUUCUCAUCUGUCCAUCCUUCCCAUUUACUAAAUCGACCACAAUUGAAGACUUUGAUGUUAUAAUUGCAAUAUUACAUGCGGCUCAACACUUUAACGUGUAGGUAAAUGUUUUAGACUGUGUAUAAUGCAGAAUUAUUCAAAAAUAAGAAUUGUAUGGAAGAAAAGAUGACAAAAUAUGCCUAUUUUAAUAGAUCUAUAAAGUUAUUUGUAAAUGAUAAAUUUAACAACCACAUAAUCUACUAGUGAGUUUUUGUCAGUUUUUUUUUUUUUUUUUUUUUGUGAAAACUUGUCAAUUAAGAUUGUGAUUAAAAGUGUUUGACAAAUUAGCACAGUCAGCAGCAUACUUGUUCUAUAUUUUUCAGCUUAACAUGCUGGAACAGUGAUUUUUGCACUUUUAAUCUAGAUUGUAUGUUGGCUGUUGAAAUUAUUAAAGUGAUUGUAAAGGUU